AUGGAGGCAAAUAAUGUGCAAUCAUCAGCCUCAAGUGGUAAUGUUCAUUCUAAGACCGAUCCGGCGUGGGAGCACUUCACUUUAUCUACUAAUGAUAAAGGAGCAAAGGUUUACUAUUGCCUCUAUUGUGGAAAAAAUUAUCAAGGAGGGGGGAUUUAUAGAAUGAAGGAACAUUUAGUCGGAAAAAGUGGCAACAUACUUCCUUGUGGGAAAGUCCCUCCUGAUGUACGGGCAUGCAUCAAAGAAUAUAUCACUAAAUCCACAUCUUCCAAAUCAAAAGAGAAGGAAUUAGUUAAAGAAGCAUAUGAAGAAGAAGUAGAAGAGGUUGAUGAACAAGAGUUAAAUCCUACCAUGAAAUUUGGAAAAAGGAAAGCAAAAGGCUCUCUAGAAAAUUUUAUAACAUCAAAGCCAACUCCACUAUCUCAUCCAGGAAUCAAGAGUGCAAUGGCAAGCAAGCAAGCAAUCCAUAAGGCAAAUAUGACAUUUUCUAGGUGGUGUUUUGAUGCUUGUAUUUCUUUUAAUGCUAUGCGGUCACCUUAUUUUCAACCAAUGUUAGAUGCUAUUGGGAGUAUUGGUGCUGGAUAUAAAGCUCCUUCUUAUAAUGACAUGCGAAUCAAUUUAUUGCGGGGCAUAUCAUUUGUGAAAUCUGUUGAUGCUUCAGAUAUUUUGAAAGAUGCCACCAAUUUAUUCAAUUUAUUCAUGGAGAUUAUUGAGUGGGUUGGACCGGAUAAUGUGGUUCAUUUGGUGACCGAUAAUGCAAGCAAUUAUGUUGUCGCGGGAAGGUUAAUACAUGAAAAAUAUGAUCACAUCUAUUGGUCUCCUUGUGCUGCACAUUGUUUGAAUUUGAUUCUGAAAGAUAUUGGCAAAAGAGAUCAUGUAGCAAAGCUUGUAUCACGUGUUUCCAAGGUGACUAUUUUUGUCUACAAUCAUAUAUACAUAUUAUCUUGGUUGAGAAAAAGAUCUGGAUGGAAAGAGAUUGUGCGUCCAGGAGCAACACGUUUUGUUACUACAUUCAUUACUUUGAAAAGUAUCUAUGAUCAUAAACAUGACUUGCAAGCAUUGGUGACAGAUAAGUAUUACACAAGCCAUAAGUUAUCUAAAAGUCCAGCAAGUAAAACAAUUACUUCUAUUAUCUUGGAUGCCAAAUUUUGGGAAGAAUGUUUAUUUAUGGUGAAGAUUGUAGCUCCCAUCAUUAGGCUUUUACGUGUUGUUGAUGCUGAUGAGAAACCUUCACUUGGUUAUGUUUACGAAGGCAUGAUCAGGAUUCGGAAAGCAAUCAUGUCCAUCUUCAGAAACAAGUCUACAAUGCAUCAAUACAAAAAGAGAAGUUAUGAUCCGGUUGAUUAUGAUUGCAUUGAUAAAAUGGACUUUUGGAUAGUUGAAGAAGAAGAAGAAGCAGAAUUAGUAGAUGGAGAUAUGGUAGAAGCAAUAUAUGGAGAAGAUGCUAUUCCAACUUUGGAUGAAAGCCACAAUCAAGAUGAUGUGGAUAUGAAUGAAGAAGAAGUGGAUUUUGAAUUAUUUGGUCAUGCAAGCUAUGAUGAUGCAUUUGAUCAACAAAAAUACUUGGGGCAAAGAGAUGACAAUGAGAGUUGGCCACAACAUCAACCAUGA